AGUUCCACAGACGAAGGAAGCUUUCCUUGGGCGAUUGAGAGGUAGAGGAGUUGCGAAAGAAAAGCAUCAGAGAAAGAUGGCGUCGAACGCAGCGGCACCGUUCUGGAGAGCGGCUGGGAUGACCUACAUCACCUACUCCAACAUUUGCGCCAAUCUCGUCAGGAAUUGCCUCAAGGAACCAUAUAAAUCUGAAGCCCUCUCUCGCGAGAAGGUCCAUUUCGUCGUCUCCAAGUGGGUCGAUGGCAAGCCUGAGAAGCCUACUGUUCGUUCAGACACAUCAGAGCAGUGAUUGGGAAUUGUUGGCGUUGGAAGCUUUGGUAGACUAAUGUCUUAAGAGCUUAAAUUGAAUCAAUACAUAGCUGAGAGAAUUUGUCAUUGUUGAAGUUACUGUUUAUAUUUGUUUUUCAUGCCCAUGCCAUAUGGUCUUGCCCUUUAUUUUGGAUUUGCACGGUUGAACCUGUAAUAAAUUAGGAGCGCAAUUUGCGACUGUCCGAAGCUUUCUAUUCCAAGCAUAGCAACUAGCAAAGAUUUUUUUUUUUUCCUUUGACUAGAAGAUUAUCUAAUUGGAAGGCCUCGGUGUUGUCUA